AGAGAGUGGGGGGAGCUAGGCGAUUCUCGCCGCCGUCCCCAAGACCCCAUCUCGGAAUUCCGGCAACCAAUACAUUGCCACUACAGAUAUACAAACGCAUUUAGAGAUAGGGGGAAGAGAGGCGAGUCAAUUCGCCGACCCCAAGCCCGAUUUCUGGAGCUUUAUAAACACCAAUCCUACAGAUUACGAAGGAGGUAUAGAGAAAGGGGGGAUAGAGAUGACUCUCGAGGUCGUCCCCAAGAAGGUGUUUCUAAGCUCCGGGAACCAUUGGAACGCCAUUUCUGCAGAGAUGAAAGAAGGUAUGAUAGAGAUUCUUCUCUGUGCAGUGAUGGUAGAGGAAACCGUGGCCAUCAAAGUUGUUUCAAUCUAAGAGGUUCCAAUCUCAGAUGGAGUUCUCCUAAGGCUCUCAAUCGGAGACCUUACAAUCAUUCUCCAGAUGGACGGAAAUCAACCACCAUAGAACAGAGGGUUUCUGAAGUUGGAUACGGAGCUUUGAAAUUCAGUCACCCCCCUUGGCAGACUAGAAACUUGCACGCUUAUUUCCUGCUUGGGAUAUGGUUGUGGCUGUUAACAAGGAAGCCAAUGAGAAUCAAGUAGUCAUUUUCGAAAAAAGAGUUGAAGGCAGCAGAAAGGUCUCUAUUCCAGUAGAGAACCAAUUCAAGUUGAUUAAGAACUUUGUCAAAAAUCUCCAACUCUUCUAUCGUAAAGCUAGGGAGAAAUCAAAAUUGGAUACACAAACUGGAAUGGCUUCGGAUUUUAGGGUCCAACCACAUUCUCGGAAAUCAGGCAACUGUGGAGAUUGGUAUCCAAUCGAAGAACAAACUCACCAAGUUGUUUCAAUCUCUAAAUCCUUACUGUGCUGGGAAAGUGAAUCUCCCCUGACCUCCAAUUUCUUUGAAGGGGACUUGGAACAACUGAGCAAUGAGAGAGGGGUAUGGCAGGAACACUCUUGCUCCAAAUUAUUGUUUGCCAUGGACAUUUCAGUUUUUGAAUGUCAAACAAACAGUAAGGAAGAUACUCCAUUCUUUUUGGUUGGGAAGGAAGCUUCAGGGGCAGAUUCUGGAGCUUUAGGUCCUAAACUUUUAACCGCCAGACCUCGGAAGGAGGUGCUCAUCGGUCCCCCUUCGAAGCUAUCUCCAGAGGCCCCUCCAUUUAUCCCCAUUUCCUAUAACCCGUUUGGGGUACUAGAUUCCUAUGAGGACGUCAACCUUGAAGAACCUUUGGAGACACAUGCCAACAACUUUGGUGAAUCCAUAGAGAAGUUUAACUGCUCAUCUACUCAGCGGGUGUUGAAACUUAAUGCGCUUGAGGAUGCGCCCCCG